AUGAAAGUCACACCCAUCCAAGUAACAUGGUCUGAUAAUUGGAUGUACCUCAUCGUAGAUGAGAAAUCCAAAGAAGCGGCUGUAGUGGAUCCUUGGGAUGCUGAGAAUAUCUCCCAGUAUGUGAAGAAAGAAGGUGUAAAAGUAACAUCGUUGAUAACUACUCAUCAUCAUAAUGACCAUUCUGGGGGUAAUGAGAAGUUUCUGUCUCUACAUCCUGGCAUCAACGCCUACGGGGGGUCAAGCAAAUCUGCAGGGACGAAUGUAGUAGUUGGAGAUGGAGAUACUUUCAAAAUUGGCAAUAUCGAUGUACGAUGCAUGCAUACACCUUGUCAUACUCAAGAUUCGAUUUGCUUCUUCGUAGAAGAUAAAGAGACAGAUCAAAGAGGUGUCUUCACCGGAGAUACACUCUUUCUCGCCGGUUGUGGUCGGUUCUUUGAAGAAGGAACCCCAAAGGAAAUGAGAACAGCACUCGCUUAUCUCGGAACCCUCCGUGAUGACACUGUGGUUUAUAACGGUCAUGAGUAUACCAAAGGUUCAGCAAAAUUCGGGUUGACCAUUGAACCUGAUAAUAAAGCUCUGCAAGGGUUGUUGGAGAAAGCUCAAAAGGAUUCGUGCACUACUGGGAAAUCUACCAUAGGAGAUGAGAAGAGUUGGAAUGUGUUCAUGCGUCUCAAUACACCUCAUGCCAAAAAAGCGACGGGCGAGACUGACCCGAUCAAAGUUAUGGGUAAGUUGAGGGAGAUGAAGAAUGCUAUGUGA